AUGACGCAAUUAGAACUGGAUCCGCAAUUUGUACAAGGAUUGAGAUUACUCCAUUCGAGCAAUAAAGACUCCAUGGACCAACUGAGGACUCUGUUAGAUGAAGCUAUCAAACAAAAACAUGGAUUUUCUAAAAUGCUUUGCAAUGUUUUGCAUAAAAAGUACACUAUCGAAGAACCAGUCCUAAGUGAUCACAGUAGCUGCAGCAGUAAAAAAAGCAAAAGUUCCAGCUCCUCUAAACACUCAGCAAAGUUUAGUAAAAGCGAUUCUGUAGAAGAAAUUCCAGCACGUGACACUCCGCCUGACAUAUCUGAAAUCGAGGAAGAUAAUCUUGCCGAAAUUCUAGAGGAUGAUUUAACUUGCGUGGUCUGCAAGGGCAUGGACGUCGGUGCUAGGAACAGGCUGGUUGAGUGUGCAGAUUGUCACUCACUUUAUCACCAAGAGUGUCACUCUCCCGUGAUACAGGACUCGCAAAUAGAUGUACCUAAACAUAUUUGGUAUUGUUCACAAUGUAUCAAAGCUCAUCAGCCGAUAAAGGAAAAAGGUUCCCCGAAACCAGACUCUAAAAAAGAUAAAAAAAGUUCAAGUCAAAAACACUCAGAAAAAUAUAAAAGCUCGAGUGAAUCUUCAUCGAAAAUAAUACCAAAUAUAAAUAUCAUAGGAGGUGACAAAAGGUUCAAAGAAGUAGCGAAAAAGUCGAAAGACAAACGGUCAUCAAGUAAACACUCUAGUCCUUCGUCUUCCUCGAGAAGUUCAGAUAAAACUUACAAGUCGAAAUCAAAUGCUGACUAG